AUGUUUGCGAACAACUUGCGCCGGGCUUCGUUGCCUGUUCUCGCUCUCCUCCUACAGCUGCAGCUACAGCUUGUCGCAGCUUCGCCGUUCUCUACUCCUCGUCCUACGCACUCGCUGGAACCCCGACAGUGUGCUCCAUGCGGCUACUAUGGACAAGCAUGCUGUCUCUCCAGCGAAGAGUGCUUUACCGACUCGAACAACCAGGCCUCGUGUCGCCCCAAGUCCGGAGGCGGCGGUGGUGGUCAAUGGGAAUACUUCACUACAACUUACGUCCAAACCGAUUUCGUCACCGUCACGUCUACCGGUAGCAGGCCCAUCGCUGCACCGACAGGACCCGGCCCCCAGUGCAAGGCCAAUCUCGGCGAGACGGUAUGCGGAACGACAUGCUGCACUGCAGCCCAGGCAUGCAACGAGAACCUGGUAUGCGUUCAGUCCGGCGGUUCACCGUUUCCUACCCAGCCGGCUCCAACUCCUCCCACACGUCCCACCAGCACCCAGGGCGUGACCGUCACCUCGACCCCAACCACCACCGUCCCGUUCAUGCCAGCCGUCGGCACAGAUGGCAGCAGCGUUAUCGGCAUCACAAAGGGCAGCGGCGGUCUUAGCGGUGGAGCAAUUGCCGGCAUCGUCAUCGGAUCCAUCGCCGGAGCAUUGAUACUGCUGCUCAUAUGCAUCUGCUGCUGCGUGGGGAGCUGUAUCGACCGCGUGCGAGCCAUAUUCGGCAUAGGUGGUCGCCGCAAACGAAGCAGACACUCUUCCUACACCGGCACAUCAUCGUAUUCGUCUCACCAUGGCUGGUUUGGCGGCGGCGGCGGCGGUGGCUCUCGACCCGACUCCGAGAAGAAGAAAAAGAAGACCGGGUUCCUGGGCCUGGCUAGUCUGGGCGUUGUCAUCGGUGCAAUCGCGCUCUGCCUCGGUCUGGGUCGACGAAAGGACGACAAGUCGACAUACUACACCGGCUCGUCGUAUUAUUCGUCAAGCAGCAGCAGCAGUAGCAGCUCAGGCCGUCGGACACAGCGGUCUUAA